AAAAUGUUGGCUUCCGAGGAAUCUAAGUAAAUAAUGAUGUCAAUGACAUAAUUAUUGUUCGAUGGUGUUGGUUUUCGUCAAUAAAAUGUGAGAACAGAGAUGUGAAAUUGAAUAGAAAAAUGGCUUUGAAACAAGAAUCGCACAAUGAUAGUAAAUUGAAUAGUCUUGGAAUUAAAGUAAAAGGUGAUCUUGGUGACUUGCAAAUCGUUGAAAACAGCGGUAGUGAGUGUAGUGAUGAUGACGAAAGGACCGUGGAUAGAAAACAAAAAGCACACGUCUUACAAACUAUUUCUACCAUACCUACGAGUCUAAUACAGAAUCGUACAGAGCCUAUUGUCAGUAAUGUUCAGGUCCACAAUUCUGAAAAUAUCCAAUUUGGCCAUAAUACCUAUUUCCAUGGACCAGUAACAAUAAAACAAAUUAUCAAGAAAAAAGGUAUUGAUAAUGCUUCAUACACCUCUGACAAUGAAAAUGAGCAUAAUGCAACUGAUUCGACUCAGGAUGCUGAUCCACCGCCCAUGGUCAAUAAUGUAUCACCAUGGCUUAAGAUGACCCUAUCCAUCACAAUAGUUAUUGUGCUAGGAAUUGUCUGCGUACUUGUACUUUAUAUGCAAAGUCACAAUAAAGAUGAAAUAUCUUCUAGUCAUGAUGAUUCAGAAAAGGUGUCUACAAACUACACCAAGGUGGUGGGGAUGUGUUAUGACAGUUAUUUUCAAAUGUUAGUUUUUUCGAUCAUUGUGGUGCCAAUAACAAUAUUGUUAAUAUUAUAUCCGCUACUAACAUCACAUAUGGAUUAUGAUAGACACAGUUCCCAAGCAAAUGGGGUUGCCGAAGUAAAGAUUGCAGAUUAUCCUCAGGGGGAUUUCAAUGAUAGUGUUGAAAAGACUAAAAUUAAAGCGGAUCCGUUACUGAUAUCCCCAAACCACUUGCGGAUAGUGUCGCGGACGGACUGGCUCGCCCAGCCGGUGGAGAGCGAACUCCAAAAGAUACGCCAGCCGGUGCCGUGGGUGGUCAUCACCCACACUGCUACGGAACCCUGUUCCUACCAGAGUGAAUGUGUGCUGCGCGUUCGACUUAUCCAGAUGUUCCAUAUAGAGGCGAAGAAAUGGGACGACAUCGGUUAUAACUUCCUCGUAGCGGGCGACGGCUCGGCUUACUUCGGCCGUGGAUGGGAGUACAUAGGCGCCCACACCCUGGGCUACAACCGGUAUAGCAUCGGCAUUGCCUUCGUGGGCACCUUCAACUCCGAAACCCCCCCCAAAAAACAAAUCGAAGCUUGCCAAAAACUAAUCAAACUUGGCGUGCAGCAAGGUAAAAUCGCAAAAGACUACAAACUGUUCGCUCAUAGGCAGCUUACUUCCACCCUGAGCCCUGGAGAUAGAUUAUAUGACAUAAUCAAACAGUGGCCGCACUUUGUCAAAGAAGACACCAACAUAGACGAUAUAGUUCCAAAAAAUUAUUAAUAUGACUAUAUUGACCGCCAUUGUUCACUGAUAUACCUGACAAUUAAUUAAGUGUUCUUCUGUAGACUUUAAUCCCACGUGUUUCACUGUAAUUGCCUGAAAUCUACUAUAAGUUCGUAAUAACUAUUAUACACAAAUAUUUAAUAAGUAAUACUAGAUCAGGAUACACGUAUUUCUUGAGAAAUAUUGAAUAUUCAAGAUUUAGCCGAAUGCUAAAUGUCUCUCUUUUUGGUCUCAGUCGCAUGAAGUUUGAGAUUUUUGUGAUAAAAUUAUUCAAGCAUAUCACAAGAUUCUUUUAGUUACAUUACCUAUAUAAACAUAAAACACUCAUAUGCUAAAAGUCAAUAAGUUAUUUAACUCUGUCUCUCCCUAUAGUUGAAUUUAUUUAUUGCUAAAAAAAGGCACAUGUUUAGUAUCGAAAACACGAUGGCCUAAUAAUUUAGAUUAAUUUGAACACACAAUUUUUGAAGUCUUGUGAUAGAUAGGUUUCAUUGUCCGCUGCAAAAUUUAUUAGGCGAUGGAAUAUAUCACUCAUAGACGUGACGACGAACAAAUUUACGUGAUUGCUUUCUAAAAAACUAUCCCAUUCAAACUAUCUCGUUCGAUUCAUAGACGUAAUUAUUCUUAUAUUAGAAAUCUAUACGUAAGAUAUUUACUCGAUGUUUAUUUUUAGGAUCAGGGCCACGCCCGUUAGUUGUUAGUAUCUCCAGCGGCCUCAGUUCUUAUUCAGAAGUUGCAUAGGAGUAAUGACUAUUAUAAAUGCCAUAUAAUCAAGUUUAAAGUUAAUUUUGUGUAUGAUCUUCGCAGUAAAUAUUUUAUAUCAAGACCAUUUGGAACUCACAAAGAAAAAUACGUAUUUUUCUGGCCCACGCAGAGAUUCAAGUAACUAUUUUUUUUUUCAUAUGAUCAUUCAGUGUCGCAAUAGCAUUAUAGCUUGCUUUUUAUCAUUUCUAUCCCAGUUAUAUUUUCUUGAAUUAAGACAAAAAUUGAAGCAGUCACUUUGGUUUAAUCAAAUGAAUUGAACCCUAUAAGGCGUAGAUUCUUGUUCUUAAAGUCUGUAUCAAGUUGGAAUCAUUGAUAGUAAGGAAUAUUAAUUGUUUCUAUCUUCUAUCUUGUCUUGUUGUCUACCGAAUUAUUAGAGAGCUCACAGACGAGUGACCAUUAUGUCGGCAACUGCUUGCAAUAGUGGUAGGCGACGGUCAGCGACUGUCGCUAACAGUCUCCGACUCGCAGCUUUCGCUGUCAUGACAUGUUGACACUUAGGAAAAUACGUUAGUUAUAGUCUAUCCAAUAUAGCUUGAUUAGAAUGGCAGCUGUCAAACGAAUGUGACUAGUGCUGGGUAUGUUUCGUACGGUUCACAUAGA